AUGUCUGAGCUCGCGUGGAGCGAAGAUCAGUUGACCAGUGUGCUUCUGAGCACUCUCGACGCUGACCCAAACAAUCAAGAGGACCUCUCCCGCUACCAGCCAGCCCUCGACGAGUUCGCGAACAGCAAAACCCUCGAAGAACUCGAGGUGGAAACCGAGGGAAUCUGGAAAGAAUAUCAAGCCCAGUCGUCCGCGUCUGGUCCGUCUGCGGACGAGGCCAGCGACGAUAUCAAAAUCCCUUCGACCGAAGAGCUGAUUUCCCGCUACAACUGGACACAGGAGGAUGUCAAACGUGGAUACAAGGGCGGCCCCGUCAAGUUUCAAUACUUUGACAACCCUGACUCUAAUGGUCAUGAUCAUAGUGAGGAGGAGAUAGUGGUGGUGGAAAAAGAGGUGGACGUCAUCAGCAUCGCCAGCUCUGUGGAGAGCACCAAUGCCAUGACCACCACAAUCUCGUCUACCGACUCCGGCCAGCUGCCAGAGACUGCUAUCAGCAUCCCUCGUUCUCCUGCAAGCGCCAGCACUAUUUCAUCCAUGAGCACGCCCACCGACUACAGCAUGCUGUCAGACACUGGUACCAACGUCUCUUCUUUUACACGCGCCAGCACCAUGAUAUCCACGGAGUCGCCCGGCGACUCCAGCCUGCAGUCAGAGUCUGCUAGCAGCAUCUCUUCUUCUCCGUCAAGCGUCAGCAGCAUGGUAUCCACGGUCUCGCGGCCCUCCGACUCCAGCGAGCUGCCAGAGUCUACUAUCAGCGUCGACUCUUCCCCUGCACAGAGCCCCAGUACCACUGGCACACCCAGCGACUCCAGCGAGCUGCCAGAGCCUGAUAUGAGCGUCGACUCUUUCCCAGCGCAGAGCACCAGGGCCACGGGACCCGGGAACUUGUCCAACAAUCCCAACCAGCUGCCAGCCCCUGCUCUCAGCACCUCUUCUCUUGCGCAGAGCAUCAGAUCCAUGCUGCUCGCCAACUACCCGCCCGCUGUCCCCACCCAGCGCCCACUUCCUGAUAUCAGCAUCUAUCCUCCUCCCCAGGGCACACUGGCACCCAUGGACAUACUCCUCGACCCCACCAAGCUGAGAGCUCCCUACACCUUCCGCACCGCAACCCAGCCCUCGAAGGAAGCAUCCAUGGACCUUCCAACCCGCCCCGCGCAGCUCCCCCCAAGCCCAGCUCAGCAGCCCCCAGCCCCACCCCCCACCAUCUACUCCUCCCCCGCGCCACGCGCCCAAACAAUCAUAAAUACCCCCAACGCCCCAGGCGCCCUUUCCUCCCCCCUUCUCAGCGCUUCAACCCCCAAAAUUCCAGUCCAAGAAUCCCCCUGCAUCGCUCGAGCCGCCCGCAAGAGACGCGCCGCCGCCAUCAACCCCACCGCCGUCGCUCCUCCCACCGACAACAGCAACAACGACGGCAACGCCCAUUUCGAACCCCAGAUGGGCAUUGAGCGCUUCCUGAUGCAGGCGUUCCCGGACGAGGUCACCCCGUUGCAGAAGCGGCGUGUGUUGAAUGCUAGUCCGCUUGGUGAGCGCAUUCGCUAUUGCCGUGCGCCGACGGCGGAUAUGGCGUAUGGAGGUCGGAAGUUGAGCGUGCGCUCGUUGCGGGGCAUGAUUUUUACGGCUAGGUUGGCGGAGGCGAGGAGGGUGGAGAGGGCGGCGAGGGCUGCGAGAUAUGUGGUUGUUUCUGCACAGGGUGCUGCGGACCAGGAUGUUACUAUGGUGGAUGUUCAAGCGGAGCAGUAG